ACUGCAAAAAAAAUGGCGACGCCUCUGUUCUUCGUGUUCUUCACUUUCUCUCUCCUUCCCUUUCCAUUUCUCUCUCUCCAAACAGCCUUUAUCGCUCCCAUUCACAAAGAUCACAACUCCGGCCUCUACUCCAUCUCCGUCCACGUUAAAACUCCCCUCCGUCCGGCCAAUCUCCACCUCGAUCUCGGCGGCGCCUUCUCCUGGAUCGACUGCUACAACCACUAUAACUCUUCCUCUUACCGUCUCGUCAAAUGCAAUUCUCCUCUCUCCGAUUCUUUCAACCACCGCGUUUGCAGCUCCUGUAUCCAAGCCCCAACGUCAAUCUGCGCUAACGACGCCAUUUUCUCCGACGUCUACCCCGAGAAACCCUCGAUUCGAGACGAAUACGUUGAUUACCUUAACCCGAAGCUCACGGAUUCCGAGAAUGUAGUCACCGAUGUUCUUGCUCUGUCCACCACCGACGGUUCCCGUUCCGGCUUACUCCGUCGAAUUUCUAACAUGCCGUUUGCCUGUGUGAAGACAAAUUUCCUCCGAGGACUUGCUCGGAAUGUAAUUGGCCUGGCGGCGCUCGGCCGUGCGAACGAAUCGAUUCCGUUGACGAUUAGUGCGAAAUUCAAUAGCCCUAGAAUCUUCGCGAUUUGUUUAUCGGGAACGAGAUUAGGAUCUGGUGUAGCGUUUAUCGGAUCUAAAGGACCGUACGUAUUUUCCCCCAAUGUUGAUCUCUCCAAAUCCCUAAUUUACACUCCAUUGCUCUUCAAUCCCCAAAGCGGCUCAAUCUACACGAAUUGGUUGCCGUCUUACGAGUAUUACAUUGGACUCUCCGCCAUCAGAAUCAACAACGAGGCGGUGCGAUUCAACACUUCCUUGUUGCAGUUUGAGCCAGUUCACGGCCGCGGCGGAGCGAAGAUCAGCACCUCCACUACCUACGCUCUGCUCGAGAGCUCUAUUUACAGAGCAUUCGCGACGGCGUUUAUGAAGGAAGCGGCUAUGUUGAACUUCACGUUGGCGAAUGCGGUGGAGCCGUUCGGCGUGUGCUUUGAGGGGAGCAGCGUUGCGAUGACGGCGGCGGGACCGAGGGCGCCGGUGGUGUAUUUGGAAAUGGAGAAGGGGAAAGUGGUGUGGAAAUUGGGGGGAAGGAAUUCGAUGGUGAGGAUUAAGAAGCUGGGAGUGGAUUUGUGGUGCUUAGGAUAUGUUAAUGGCGGGGAGUUCCCGAGGACGCCGAUCGUGAUCGGAGGUCUGCAAAUGGAGGAUCAUUUGUUGCAGUUCGAUCUUGAAAAGCAUAGAUUUGGGUUUACUUCGUCGGCGUUGCUGCAAGGGACUUCGUGUUCUAAGUUCAACUUCAGUUCUUCCGACAAUUUGUUAUAAUAAUAUGUUAGUGGAUAAUAGCCACUAAAAUAAAAUAAACCCAAA